GAGCAUCUGGUUUUGCUUUAGCAUCUCGGGUUUUUUCUUUUCCAAAUCCGACGCCCAUUAGUGAAACCAAUCAAACUCUCUCUCCUCUACACGCUUCCUCCGGCCGGCGAUCGUUCAUCGGCGACGUCUCUCUCCGUUUUCUCGUCUCCGUUCUUUUCUGCUCGAGUGGGAGCUUGUGGAACUCUAAAGGCUCUACAAAAUGUAUUUUGAUGGAUAUGGUUAUCGUGGAACCACAUUUGAACACAGAUAUCAAUGCUUCUCUGCGUCAUUUAUUGAUAAGCCACACAUUGAAACUGGAGAUAGAAUUAUAAUGCCUCCAUCAGCCCUUGAUCGCCUCGCAUCUUUACAAAUUGAUUAUCCAAUGUUGUUUGAACUUCGAAAUGAUGCUGUUGAGCGAGUCUCUCAUUGCGGGGUUUUGGAGUUUGUUGCAGAGGAAGGCAUGAUUUACAUGCCUUAUUGGAUGAUGGAGAACAUGCUUUUACCAGAAGGAGGCCUUGUGCAUGUGAAGAAUGUCACUCUUCCAAAGGGAACCUAUGUCAAAUUACAACCUCACACGAAGGACUUCUUGGAUAUCUCCAAUCCAAAAGCAAUCUUGGAGACAACACUUCGGAAUUUCUCCUGCCUCUCCACUGGAGACAGUAUUAUGGUGGCAUAUAACAACAAGAAAUAUUACAUUGACAUAGUUGAAACGAAGCCUUCCAAUGCAAUAAGUAUUAUUGAGACGGAUUGUGAGGUGGAUUUCGCACCUCCCUUGGAUUACAAGGAACCGGAGAAGCCUGUUGUACCAAUCAAGGGGAAGGAGCAAGUUGCAGAGGCUCCAGCAGCGGAAGCCGAGCCCAAAUUUAAUGCUUUCACAGGAACAGGAAGACGUUUAGAUGGAAAAUCUGUAAGUCACCAGCCUCAGUCAAUUUCAUCCUCUAGGUCAUCAGAUGAGAAGCAAUCUGCUCAAUCUGCUGGGUCUAGCUCACAGAACGGAACUCGUCGGUCUCAGGGAAAGUUAGUGUUUGGACAAAAUGCUCCUCGAAACCCUAAAGAAGCUCCAAAGGAUGCCACGAAAGAGAGUAAACAAGAGCAGCCUGAAAAGGACGAGCCGAAAUUUGAGCCCUUCUCUGGGAAAAGGUACUCGCUGAGAGGUUGAUUUGAUUAUAUAUAUAAAUUAGCUCUUGAGUUAUUCAAAUACACAUUUACUGCACUGGAUAUAUAUAUAUAUAUAUAUGGAAUCCUUAUACCAGCCAGUGUAAUAGAAAACAUGCGUCAGUUGUGUCCAUAAAUUUAGGACCAAAACCAAACAUUCGUUCUCCUUCUCCAGUACACUUGAAUGUUAUGAUCCA